AUGCGAAUUGAAAUAUGUCGUAAUUAUUGGGAUUUGGGCGAUUCCACACGUCAAAAAUGCUAUUUGACUUCGAAUAUUGUGGAAAAUUCUAUAAAACGUCAUCGACCAAGAACAGAUGAUCCCUCAAAACAGAAGACGAAAAGUAAGUGUUUUGAGUAUUACCUGACAGAUUUAAAUGGAAUUAAACACAGAGUCUGUCAAAAAUUCUUCUGUUUAACGUUGCACAUAACAUUUCCGGUAAUUAAAUUGGCAAUGAAAAAAUGUAAUGAAGCAGGAAUGUUUGUUGGUGUCGAUGGACGUUUAGGAAGAACGCCUCCAAAUAAAACGUCUGACAAAAUAAUACAAGAGGUAAAAAAUCAUAUACAAUCAUUUCCAAAAAUGGAAUUCCACUAUUGUCGCCAUGAUACAAAAAAGUUAUACUUGUCAUCUGAUUUAAAUAUAUCAAUCAUGUAUAGACUUUAUUGCAGUACGUCACCUGCUGAGCCUGUAUCUAAAAUCGUAUACACAAGAGUAUUCCACGAAUUUGAUCCAGCAUUAUCAUUUUAUAAACCCAAAAAAGAUCAAUGUACCAAGUGUAAUAAUUAUAAUAACUGUGUCGCAUCAAACCUAAUUACUGAUAAAAUUAAAACUGAUUGGUCAGAGCAUAAAAGGAGAGAAAAAGAAUCCUUAGAUAUGAAAAAAGAAGACAAGAACAUAGCAAUUGAUAAUAAAGGAAAACAUUUUCGUUCAGUGUCAUUCGAUCUACAAGCCGUUCUUAAUCUUCCACAUGCUGGAGACUCGCAAAUAUAUUAUAAAAGAAAACUCUCAGUAUUUAAUUUCACUAUUUAUGAACACCAUAGUGCAAAUGGAUACUGCUAUGUAUGGGACGAAUUAAAUGGAGGAAAAGGAUCAACAGAAAUCGGAACAUGUCUUUUACAAUAUUUAGAAAAUUUACCCGAAACAGUCGAACAUGUGGUUACAUACUCGGAUACGUGUGGUGGCCAAAACCGAAAUAAAUAUACUAUGACAGCAAUUAUGUACGCUGUUCAAACAAUUGAUCACCUUCAGAUAAUUGAUAUCAAGUAUAUGGAGUCGGGCCAUUCGUAUCUAGAAGCGGAUUCGAUGCAUGCAUGCAUUGAACGGGCAAAAAAGCACAAAACAAUUUAUACAACACGGGAAUGGUCACUAUUGAUUCAGAUGGCAAGAAUAAAACCGCAAUCUUACAUCGUUAAUGUAAAUACAUAUAAAGAUUUUUAUGAUUUUCAAAGUAUGGCAUCUGGAACUAAUUGGAACCGUAAUAUAGAAGGUAUGAGUGAUAAAAUGAAAUGGCUAAAAAUAAAAUGGAUCCGUUUUGAAAAAUCAAAACCAUUUAUGGUACAAUUCAAAUAUAAUUUAUCCGAUGAAAAAUUUAUGGAACUUAAUGUAAUGCCAAAUACUCCUAAAAAGACACCAAAAAAUACAAGUGCAAUAGUUUUGAAAAAAAUACUGAAGUACAAAGAUCAAAUUCCAGUUUCUGAAGCAAAAAAAAGUGACCUACUAAGCUUGUUGAAAAGCGGUGUUAUUCCAAAGGAAUAUGACUCAUUUUACAAUAGUAUUCCAACUACAAAAAAUAAAAAAAACACAAUUCCAUGGUCUGAGACUGACAGCGAUGAAGAAACAACAUAA